AUGGCGGGUCUCUUGUCCCCCAAACCACUUUCCUAUCUGCAACAGCCGGGGAAUGGUUUCCCAAACUAUGGCAGAGGGCUGUCCAAUUUCUCGGAGACCCCACCGCUCUCGGCGCCCUCUGCGCCCUCUGCCCAAGGCCUUCCUCCCUCUUUUCCUGGCAACAAUGGUCUCGGCCACAAUGGCGCCCUUCAGCUCCAAGAGGACGGCAAAAUAUACGGUCUCGUCAUUGAUCUCAUGAAUCACGCUGCGAGGGAGGGGGCCUUGUUGGAGUUGAGCAAAAAGCGAGAGCAAUACGAUGAUCUCGCCCUUAUUCUUUGGCAUUCCUUCGGUGUUAUGCCUGCUUUGCUGCAAGAAAUUGUCUCUGUGUAUCCCCUCCUUUCCCCGCCUAAUCUGACCGCUCAUGUUUCGAAUCGAGUAUGCAAUGCCCUGGCGUUACUACAGUGUGUAGCAUCCCACACCGAAACCCGCCAGCUUUUUCUUAAUGCCCAUAUACCCCUGUUCUUGUAUCCAUUUCUCAAUACAACAUCAAAAACGCGCCCUUUCGAAUAUCUUCGAUUGACUUCUUUGGGAGUCAUUGGCGCUCUAGUCAAGCAAAACGAUAACAAUACCGUUAUUCACUUCCUGUUAUCGACCGAAAUUAUACCUCUCUGUCUUCGUAUCAUGGAGACGGGAUCCGAGUUGUCUAAAACUGUCGCUAUUUUCAUUGUACAAAAGAUUCUACUGGAUGAGACCGGCCUCACUUAUAUCUGCCACACCUACGAACGGUUCUAUGCUGUUGGAACAGUCCUCAGCAACAUGGUAAACCAACUAGUUGAAACCCAGGCCGUUCGACUAUUAAAACACGUUGUCCGUUGCUAUUUGCGGCUCAGCGACAACUUGAGGGCGAGAGAAGCCCUCAGGGCCUGCCUUCCCGAACCGCUAAGAGACCAGACUUUCAGCACCUUGUUGAAGGGUGAUAUGGUCACGAAGCGAUGCCUUACUACGCUCUUGAAUAACCUAAAUGAACCUUAG